UUCAAGUCAGCGGCGGGAGGAGGAGGAGUUCCGGCGCCUGCCUGCCUGCUGCGUGAAAGUCACUUUCGCAUGAGGAAUCAAAGACACACGGCAGAUAAGCUUUCAAUCAGGAGGCCUGAGGUCUAGCAGCAAAAGUUGUAUUACCAUUGACCACCCUUUCAAACUGCAUAAUGCCUGGUCUUCUGAACCGGAUUUUCCACAUUGGGUUCCACGUCCCUGAGGGGCAACAGCUGGCCAGCAACCUGGUGCACCAGUUUGGAUUCAAGCUGUUUGCUGCACGGCUGGCAGAACGGAGCAGGCAGCUGGCCUUCCGGAGAGGGGAUGCUGUUUUUCUUGUCAAUGAAAGGCUGAAGCCUGCCGAGAGAGACGCUCCACCUGUGCCAUCUUCAGGCUGCCACAAGGAUAAAGGAAUCCUGUAUGACGUGGACCUAGAGUAUGCCGUCAGUACUGCCUCCAACAUUUGCUUUGAGGCAGAAGAUGUACCUGGCAUCUCCCAAAGCCUACAGGAACGAGGAUGCCAGAUCCUCAUCCCUCCAACAGCUGUGGGAGAUGAAAAUGGCCAUGUCACUUAUUCAGUAGUGGGAUCCAUCAUAGGCAACGUCAGCCACACACUACUUGACAGAUCUCGGUACAGCGGACCAUUCCUGCCUGGUUUCCACAUGGCGGAGGGUGCUCCCAAGAAGUUCCAGGUGGGUGGCCAGGUGACACAUUUUGACCAUAUCACCUAUGCUUGCCCCCAAGGUAGCUCGCAAGCUGUGCUGGACUGGUACAAGAACUGUUUGGGAUUCCAGCGCUUCCCCAUCCACCAGCAAGACAAUGGUACUGAUGGCUAUACAAUCCAGGGUGCUGGUAUGGGUCUUCGUCUUACUGCCAUGCAGUCCAAUAGGAGCGAUUCGACUCUGCUUCGCAAUGACUGUAAAAUUAUUCUAGCUGAGUCUCUGUCAGACCAAAAGAAGAACCAGGUGGAUACUUUCUUAGAGCAGCACGGUGGAUCGGGCAUCCAACACGUGGCACUCUACACCACAGGUAUUAUAGGGGCAGCUGCGGCCAUGGCCAGAUCUGGCGCAAACUUUUUCAAGCCCCCCUUAUCAUACUACAGUGAGAAAAGGAAGGUGGAGGAGAUAAGGCAAGCUGGGCAAAAUCUUCAGCUCCUGAAGGACCACGGCAUCCUUCUGGACACUGACGUAGGAGGCAACGGUGGCUCUGGAGGCCUUUGUGGGAAGCAAUACCUCAUGCAGAUCUUCACCAAACCUCUCUUUACAGAGGAUACUUUCUUCCUGGAGCUUAUAGAGCGAUGUGGGGCCACAGGUUUUGGCGAGGGAAACAUUCGUGCUCUCUGGCAGUCUGUACAAAACUAUAUGGACCAGCAAGUUUAAAGAAUGCGCACAAACACCCCGGUACACAAUCUUGUGCUCAGUGUACUGUAUAUGUGAACCUGAUGGUGCGAAUUGUGCAAACCUGCUCCUAAGGGGUUGGUUUCCCUGUUAUAUCAAUAACAUAAGGAGUUCUAGAUCAUGUGCAUACUUCCUAAACUGGCUCUGCACCUCCACCAGAGUUGCUUUCACUGGUGUAAAAAGUAUCCAUGUGAUCUGGAUGACCCACCUAAUCAGAACUUUUUACACAUUGCUGAUCUAUUUUGAGUUGGGAGCUAACCAUAGCCAAGAAACAUUGUGAUGGCAGCUGCACCUCAAGGCCUGUGUGUACAUAUUUAUUUCUCUUAGUGCUAAAAUGCAAAGGCUUUAAGGACCCUCCAGAUGUUGAGCUACAACUCAUAUUAUUCCUGACCACUGGCCAUGCUGGGUGUUCGGAGUUUAGCAACAUCUGCAGGGCUGCAGGUUCCCAUCCCUAAGGCAAGAUAUGGCAUGUAUUUCUGUCCUAAAAGGGGGCAUGCAUUGGUACUGCACAAGCAACUUAUCCACAGCAAAGCCCAUUAUUUUGGGACCUGAUUCUGAAACAAGUGAAUCGCCCCAUUCACUUAAUUCAUUGCGAUUCCCAUUUUAAGGUCAGAAGAGGAAGUUGUUUCUACCUCUACCAGUGUUUACGCUUAGUUUAUCUCCAUCAUCCAGUUAAGUGUCCAAAAAAA